CAAAUCCACCAUGUCACAUCUGUAUAAACACCACCCUCAGACUUCUGGCUGAGAAUAAUAGGAUUUGUAGUUGCACACAUCUGGAAAGUGUCAGGCUGGGGAAUGCUCUCCUGAAGUGGUCCUUCCCCCUCCCCUUUAACCAGAUCCUUAUGACCUUUGAAGAUGUGGCUGUGUAUUUCACUGAAGAGGAGUGGGUUCUCUUGGAUCCAGGCCAGAAGGUCCUCUACCAGGAAGUCAUGAUGGAGAAUUAUAGGAUGUUUGUCUCUCUGGUUCAGGAGGUGCCCCCAGGAAUCAAUAUGGAGGAACAGGACUCAACCGCAGCUCACCAAGCGUGGCAGAGAACGGAGAGGGAGGAACAAGAUGGGCCUGUUGUCCUGCAUGGUGGUGCGGACAGAGAGAAGAGUCCGGCUCAGCCGGAACUUGGGCAAAAUCCAGCCGGCAGCUUAGAGGGGGAGUGGGAGGAUCAGUUCCUGUCCUUCCUGACGAUGGCGGUCUCCCUCCUCUCAGGACAGGCGCCCCCUCAACCCUCCCUGAAGUAUCGUGCGAUGGCCUUCCAGGCCUCUUCAAAGGGGAGCUCUGAUCUCCAGUGGUGGCCAAGGAGAGAAGCAUCAGGAAGUGGCAGCCACUUGCUUGAGCCCCAAGAGAACUUUAGGCCAGAACGAAUGGAGAGAACAAAUCCCAGCGGGGCUUCUCUGGGGAAAGAGAAAGGAAAGUGUUUUCGGAGCCCCAAAAUGGAGGAGGCGUGUGGAUUUCAGCCGGAGACCAGAAGCCUGCUGGACAGAGAGCCCAGUGUCGCUUUGCUUUGUGAGGAAGGUGUUGAAAGAGAACCUAGGUGGGCAUUUUUUGAGGAGCUCACGAGCAACAAGAGAGGAAAGCGGGACCAAGCGUGUGUGGGAAGAAUCCUCCCUCUGAGCCCUGAUCAGGCUGAGGAUCAGACAAUACCAACAGAAGGGCCCAAAACCUACUCGUGCUCUUACUGCGAGAAGUGUUUUGAAGAGAGUUCAGAUUUGGUCGCCCACGAGAGAGCCCACAUCAGGGAGAAGAUCUAUCAGUGCUCGGAUUGCGAGAAGCGCUUCUCUCACCUGAUCGACCUCCUGACACACAAGAAGAACCACCAGGGCGAGAAUCCGCACCGGUGCCCUUUGGAUUGUGGCCGGUGCCUCAGGCAGAGAGCUUCCUCCAUGAUAGACCAGAAGGCCCCUACCGGAGAGCAAGCUUGCCGGUGCCCUGCUUGUGGGGUAAGAUUCAGCUGGAAAUCGAACCUUAUUAGACACUGGAGAACGCACACAGGAGAAAAACCCCACCAGUGCUCUGAGUGUGGGAAAAGCUACACACGGAAAACAUCUCUUGAUAGACACAAGAAGAUCCACAUGCGGGAAAGGCCCUGCGUGGGUGACUCUCCGAGCAUGGGCCAAGCUUCAGUAGGGAUUGUUCUGAUAUGAGACCCUGGGAGGUGUGAAAUAGCCGAGGGCCAAUCUUUUGGGGGUUCAUGCCAGAAGAAGUUUCUCACUCACGGAUGAUGGUUUGUGAAACGUUCAGUGAAGCUGUUGUCUUGAUUGUGAACAGGUUUGCCCUGGUGUCAGGCCUCCACCCUCCAGAGUGGAUUUUGAUUUAAAUUACAGUGGU